AUGCGGGCGCCGGGGCUCACCGGCCGGCGGCGCGCGGAACGGGCGGCGGCGAAGGGCGGUGGGGCGCGCCGGGGCUCACCGGCCGGCGGCGCGCGGAACGGGCGGCGGCGAAGGGCGGUGGGGCGCGCCGGCGGGAGGCGAGGGGCGGCGCCGGCGGACGGAGCCGCGGGCUCGGGCGCGGGGCACCCGCGGGCGAGCGGCGGCGCGCGGUUCGGGCCCCGCGGCCUGACGCGGGCCGAGCGGGCCGGCGGCGGCGGGCGGAGGAGGAGGCCACGUGGCGCGACGUGGUUGGCUGCGGGCGGCGGCGGGAUCCGUCCUGCGCGGGGCGGACAUGUCCGGCGGCGAGAGGGAGGGGAAGGCUAG